GCUCUGCUCCUUUCCUCUCUCUGCGCAGUGGCAAGCCCCAGUCUCCACAGUCAACGCUCUCUCUCGGUCUCUCUCUCUCCCUCACUCUCAAUCUUUCUUCUCUCUUAUUUCUAUUUCUCUUAAUGCGUGUUCAAUGCUUUUCUGGUUGUUCACAUUGGGUUUCGGCGCCCUCUGAAAGCCUCACAGACUUUGAAUGGCGUAGGCCACUGCCUGGUUUGAGCUUAAAGAAAACAGAACAUUUACAAAACUUGGCCGACCAAUCAAAAGAGAGAGAGAAAAGAGAGAGGGAAGCAGAGAGCUGAAAAAGUAAAAGCAAAGAGGAAAAAAUAAGCUACAGCGAGUAAGAGCGAAAAGAGAGAGGGGAGGGGAGGAGAGGCCCUGUGACCUCAUGUGACAUGUGACGUGGGCUCCUCCACUCACGGAGGGGAGUUGGAGGAUGGCGAGGACGCAAAGAGAGCUGUGGCUUUAGCCGGCGCUAGCUAACACUGACGCUCCAGUCAGGUCACCACCGUGGGACACCACGUCUCCUGACAGAGAGAGAGAUUACCUGGCUAACCUCAGAGCCCCUGCCCACUGACGGACCAGCACAGCACCACACCUCCCUGCCACCCCACCGUGGCCUGCUAACAAGACGUCCAGACCCGAUACAACAACGGCUUGUGGCGAGGGAUUCCUGCGGUAGUUACAAACCCCAAAUUCUUGGUUGCAAAUGGGCUCCGAGUUCCAGGAUCUAUCCUUCUCCCUCGCUCUCCUUUCUCUCACUCUUUCGUUCUCUAUUUCAACCACCGUUUCUCUCCAAGGUUGGUCGUUAUCGACUGUAGAGAGGGCUGACGACGGCUCUGGCACCACUUCAGCCACAAGGACAUGGCUUCCAACAGCAUCUUUGACUGCUUCGGGAACUACGGCCCCACUCUACUGAGAGACCCUACCACCACCAGACGGUUCACACCGCCCUCCACGUCGUUCCCCUGCAGCAAGAUUGGAGACGGCAGCGGGACCAUGGGCACCCCUGGACCGCUGAGGACACGACCCGAGGCCAGGAAUGUGGUGGACGUCCUGUCAGACCACGCUGGCGAACUGGUCCGGACGGACAGCCCAAACUUCCUCUGCUCCGUGCUGCCCUCACACUGGAGGUGCAACAAGACACUCCCUGUGGCUUUCAAGGUUGUCGCACUCGGUGAUGUGCCCGACGGGACUUUGGUCACAGUGAUGGCGGGGAACGACGAGAACUACUCAGCGGAGCUUAGGAACGCGUCUGCGGUGAUGAAGAACCAGGUCGCCCGUUUCAACGACCUGCGGUUCGUGGGCAGGAGCGGACGAGGAAAGAGUUUCACUCUAACCAUCACAGUCUUCACCGGUCCUCCUCAGGUGGCCACCUACCACCGUGCCAUUAAAGUGACUGUGGAUGGGCCCAGGGAACCCAGACGUGAGUACUUACAGGGACACAGGGUGAAGAUGGAGGAUCCCCAGAAGAUGCAGUUCUCUGAUAGGCUGACAGAGAUUGAGCGCUACCAGCGGGCCAGCCUGAGGAUGGGGCCUGGUAACCCCCAGCCCCGGCCCAUGUCCCAGAGCCACCUGGGGCCCUCUACCCAGUCCCAGAUACAAGCCCUGUGGUCUGACCAGAUUGACCCACCAACUCUGAAGACAUGCAAGGUGGAGGACGACCUCAGAUGGUCAAGUCCCACUGCUGACCUCUUCCCCCAGAGGACCACCUUCCCUUCUCUGUCCCCGCUGACCGACCCCCGUUUCUCAGACCCACGUAUGCACUACCCAGGGGCCUUCACCUACUCAGCCAACCCCUCCAGCACGGGCAUCGGAGGCCUCAGUGUGACAGGCAUGUCCGCCUCCUCCCGCUACCACACCUACCUGCCCCCGCCCUACCCUGGAAACCAGAACCAGGGCAGCCACUUCCAGUCCAACUCCUCCCCCUACCACCUGUACUAUGGCACCGGGUCCGGCUCCUACCAGUUCUCCAUGGUGGGCCCGGCCGGAACCGGGGGUGAGCGUUCCCCCACCCGCCUGCUGCCUUGCUCUGGGGUCUCAGCCUCUGGAGGGGGCAACAGCCUGAUGAACCAGGGCCUGAACAACCAGAGCGAGGGGGUGGAGGCAGACGGCAGCCACAGCAACUCCCCCACGGCCAUGAGCGGCUCUGGACGCAUGGACGAGUCUGUCUGGAGGCCUUAUUGACUGUCAGACAGCUAGAGGAAAUGCAGGAGAGAGAAGAGAGAAAGAGCAAAAGUAAAGAAGAUGAACGAACAAAAAAAGAUGAAUCCUCCCCCAAAAAUAAAAAUGCUGCAUGUUUGUAUUUUAUUUCUCGCGCACUCGCUUCGUACCCUUUUCCUAGUUGACCAAAGACAUUCACUGUCUGUCAGGAUGCCAUGGCCAGAGGUUGCCUUUAUGCAAGCCAUGGGUAUAUCCUGCACUGUGACAGGGACUACUCUCUGAGGCUCUGAAACCAUACAAAUCUCAUGCUUUUCAAUUGAUGAGUAAGAAAUGCAAAAUAACUGUAAAUAGAUGUUAUGGUGUUACAACAAAAAGCCAUAGUAAUAUAUCAGGAUCUUUUGAAAAACAGUUACAUGCAUACCAAAGACUAUGAAAGGCAAAACCUUCAUAGCCAUUCACUCUAUGCAGCUGAUGAACUGAAAAAAUGCUAGUGCUAUUGUGGUUAACUAGCCAACACGACCAAAACGAUCCUUUUCCCUCAGAUGACAGUACCUUUCUUGGCAUUACAAGCUAAGCAUCCAGACCAGUGACUGUACUGCCUCAACGGCCUUUCACUGUCAGGUGAUAACAGAGGUCAAAUAUGAUGUUUGCUUCACGAGUGUCUCAGAACCUGCCCUAGAUGGCUUGUGGCUGUGUAUUGCUAAUGUAACAUAACAGUUGAUUCUGAAGCUUUUAUUUGGUGUGAGGUUUGGAGAUUCACCCUUCAGUCCAUGAAACAUCAUUAAAAACAAUACAUGGUCUCAA